ACCGAAGCAAAAGGGAGGAAGGUUUGCACGUCGCCAAGUCCUGAACGGCUGAACCAUUACCAAGCAAAGCAGGGGAUCCAUCGACGACGCGAAGAGAGAGGUGGCAAUGGCGUCGCUUCUGUCGCCGAGCACCGUCGCUGCGACCACGGCGAGACCGACCGGCAGGAGGGGCCGCCUUACUCCCAGUGUCACCGCCAUGGCAACCAAGGGCCCGAAGCCCAGCUCCGGCGGCACGAAAAGAUCGUCGGGCACUACCACGGUGUUCCCGGUAGGGAAGCCCGCGGGCCCGCCGCGGCCGGCGACGACGAAGGGGUCGGCGCCCGUGAAGCUGCUGACGAACGUGGAGAAGCUGCGGCUGCUGACCAAGGCGGAGAAGGCGGGCCUGCUGUCCGCGGCGGAGCGCGCCGGGCUGUCGCUGUCGGCGGUCGAGCGGCUCGGGCUGCUGUCCAAGGCGGAGGAGCUCGGGGUGCUGUCGGCCGCCACCGACCCCGGCACCCCCGGCUCGCUGCAGGGCCUCGCGCUCCUGCUGCUGGCCGCCGGCCCCGCCGUCGUCUUCCUCGUCCCCGAGCAGUACCCCUGGGAGGUGGCGCUGCAGGCCGUCGCCGCCCUCGUCUGCGUCGCCGGGGGAUCCGCCGCGUUCGCCGCAUCCAGCUUCGUGUCCAGGCUCCAGGGCUCCUCUGGCUGAUCUCGACGAACUCUGCUUGCUUCAGCAUCGACCGGGUGUCAAUUGCUGCGUUUGAUUCUAGCACCAGUGAUCUUGCGUAGAGUUAAUCUACUUCUGUAAAGAUGGGCUGAUAUUUAUACGAUGCGCCAUUCGGUGGCAAUACUGCAGGUUUUUGUAUUAAAGUGGUGUUGUCGAACUUUUGACAGAAGCACUUCUGUACUUAGCUUUUCUGCAUCUUUAAAAGGACUAGUAGAAUGCACGUGCAUUGUCACGGACAUUUUAAAAAUCUUUCUGCUUCA